CCUUCAAAACACCCACGGUCACCCUCUCUCUCGCUUUCUCUGAAGAUUCCAGUCCGUCUUCAAAACAACCCGCGUUCACCCUCUCUCUCUCUUUAUCUCUCAUGGCUUCCAUAAUCGGGCGACUAAUCCGGAACCGUCCGAUCGAUCAGAUCUCAUCAACCGUUCUCGCCUCAUCUCCCACCCGAACUCUCUCAUCUGGCAGCAAUCCGAUUCGAGCUACUCUCUUCCCUGGCGAUGGAAUUGGCCCUGAGAUCGCGGCAUCCGUAAAACAGGUGUUUAGUGCAGCUGGAGUCCCAAUAGAAUGGGAAGAACACUUUGUGGGGGACAAAGUUGACCCAAGAACUGAGAGUUUUCUAACGUGGGAGAGCUUGGAGUCGGUGCGCAGAAACGGUGUUGGCUUGAAAGGGCCCAUGGCCACACCAAUUGGGAAGGGCCACAGGUCUUUGAACCUUACUCUAAGAAAGGAACUUGGUUUGUAUGCCAACGUUAGACCUUGCUAUAGCCUCCCUGGCUACAAAACUCGAUAUGAUGAUGUCAAUCUUGUCACCAUUCGUGAAAACACAGAAGGGGAGUACAGUGGCCUGGAACACCAAGUGGUGAGAGGCGUAGUUGAAAGUCUCAAGAUCAUUACCCGUCAGGCGAGUUUAAGGGUUGCAGAAUAUGCUUUUCACUAUGCCAAGACCCAUGGUCGGCAAAGGGUGUCUGCCAUACACAAGGCCAACAUAAUGAGGAAGACUGAUGGUCUUUUUCUCAAGUGCUGCCGCGAGGUUGCAGAAAAGUAUCCCGAAAUUAAAUAUGAAGAAGUCAUUAUUGACAAUUGCUGUAUGAUGCUUGUGAAAAAUCCAACACUAUUUGAUGUGUUGGUAAUGCCAAACCUCUAUGGAGACAUCAUCAGUGACCUUUGUGCUGGCUUAAUUGGGGGCUUAGGACUGACACCCAGCUGUAAUAUUGGUGAGGGUGGCAUUGCUCUGGCUGAGGCCGUGCAUGGUUCAGCACCUGAUAUUGCUGGCAAGAACCUUGCGAAUCCGACUGCUCUUCUAUUGAGUGCGGUGUCGAUGCUGCGGCACUUGGAAAUGCAUGACAAGGCGGACCAGAUCCACAGUGCAAUCCUCAACACUAUUGCUGAAGGGAAGUACAGAACAGUUGACCUCGGAGGCAACUCAACGACAUCUGAUUUCACAAAAGCGGUUUGUGAUCAUCUUUGAGAGCUUGUUGAUUUGUGAAUAGAGUGUGAUAUCCUGAAUAAGUUGGCUUCAUGGCUGAUUCCAUUUGAAUUGCAAGCAUUGUGGGUCGCUUGAUGAGCCAAGGGAAGAUAUCUUAGAUAUCCACUCAUUUUUCUUUGCUCAUUUCUGUAGAAUGUGAUUCUGCAAUAAACUGCAGUACUGUAUAAAUGGGAUGCCAAAAUUUUUA